GUAGUACACGAAAGGUAGGAGGCAAGCGGGUGACAAAAACAACCGGAAAUGGCGAUUGUUGCGCAAGGAGUUUCUACGAUUUUGACGACGUUUCAGAAAACGUUCAAAGGAUUACUCCCAUUGAUAAUUCUUGUGGCUUACACUCUAUUGGGAGCAUGGAUCUUCUGGAUGAUCGAAGGAGAAAACGAACGAGAGAUGCUCAUUGAGCAACAAAAAGAAAGGGAUGAACUCAUCCGGCGAACUGUCUAUAAAAUUAAUCAAUUGCAAAUCAAAAGACAGAGAAGAUUAAUGACGGCCGAGGAAGAAUACAACAGAACUGCAAAAGUGUUGACUACCUUUCAAGAAACUUUGGGAAUUGUACCAGCUGAUAUGGACAAGGAUAUUCAUUGGACAUUCUUGGGAUCAAUCUUCUAUUGCAUGACAGUCUAUACAACUAUUGGUUACGGAAACAUUGUUCCUGGAACUGGAUGGGGUCGUUUUGCUACUAUCCUUUACGCAUUCAUUGGAAUUCCACUCACAGUGCUCAGUCUUUACUGUCUUGGUAGUCUUUUUGCCAAGGGAUGCAAAAUGUUGUGGAGAUUUUUUUUGAAGUCCACCAGGGUUGUGAGCAAAGAUUUGUCAAAUAAGAUUUCUGAAGCUGCCGAUAAUAUUGAAGAAGGAACAACGGCAAUUACUCCAUCAGCCGAGAAAACAGAAAAUAACGAUGAUGACUUGUUGUCUUUCCCCAUCUCCGGCCUCUUGCUUAUUACCGUCAUCUGGGUCAUUUUCUGUGCGGUCUUGUUCACCUUCCUAGAAGAAUGGGACUUUGGAACAUCUCUCUACUUCACAUUGAUUUCUUUCACAACCAUCGGUUUUGGAGACAUUCUUCCAUCGGAUUACGAUUUCAUGCCAAUUGUUGGAGUUCUUCUUCUCAUUGGUCUUUCUUUGGUCUCUACAGUGAUGACACUCAUUCAACAGCAAAUUGAAGCAUUAGCAUCGGGAAUGAAAGAUAACAUUGACCAAGAAUAUGCUCGUGCAUUGAACGAGGCUCGUGAAGACGGAGAGGUUGACGAGCACGUAGAUCCAGAAGAAGAUCCGGAGAACAAUAAAAAGUCCUUUGACGCUGUUAUCUCCAGAAUGAACUGGUCCAAGAGAGGGUUGUAUUAUCUUCUUCCUGAUAGCCAGAAGAAAGAACUCGCAAAGCAGUCUGAGAAGAAAAUGGGAAGAAAAAGUAUUAAAAUUCAGACUGAUAACGAUUUGUUGGAAACACUCAUUCGGGAGGAAAUUUUGAAGGCGGAGCUCAACAAUGAGAUGCACAAAUAUACAGCACCACGAUCUUCACACCAGCCAAAACUUGUCUAUUCUGAUGUUCGCGAGAAGGAGGUUCCAAUUGAAGUUGUCCGUGUUGAGCAUUUCAAUCACGGAAAUGAAGACUAUCUAGAGCAUGACAUCUAGAUUUUUUUUCGGUUACUUGUAUGAAAUUAAAAUACCUACUCGGUUUUUACACAUCCAGUAUGAUUUACUUUUUAUAGAAUUUCAAUCAAUGUUUGUAUUUUUAUUAAGAUCACUUUAUGUUGUCAUUCUUCAUUUUUCUCUUUUUCCUGCAUGUCAUUUCUUAUCCACUACACGUUUUCCCGCGUCCAAUUAAAAAAAAGAAAGAAAAAAUCUCAAAAAAAAAUACCAGGGCCUUGUUCUAAUAGCUAGUUUUCGAUUAGUUACAGGCAUACAUAAAUCAACUUAAACUUUCUCGUCUGCGAGAAAAAGCUGCUUCACGAAUACCGCGUGCCACAAAACCGACACCGACUAAAACUCAACGAAGAUUUCAUAAAUCUUAGUUCUAAUUGUUUCCUCACAAUAUUUGAAAUUUCGCCUUAAUUUUUACUGCCUUUUCUACAACGUUCUUUCUUUUUCAUUUCCUUUCAUUUAUGUUUUUGAGUAAUAAAAUUUUCACGAAUUCAAA